AUCGGCGCUAUAUAUACGCUCUGUAUUUAGUUCCUCUGUGGAAUGUCUUGUGUAGAAGUUGUGAGUGGGGCUGAAAUGGCAGAGAGAAAACACAGCAGAGAAGAAGAUGAAGCGCAGGGCUCUUCAGCCAGCAAGCGUUUCCGUGGGCUGAGCCCUGAAGUGGAAGAGCUUAUCCACUUUUUGGAAGAUGCAGAGGAAGAAGGAUGUGUUGCCGAGGAGAUUGUGUGUAGCGUAAUGAAGAGUUUCGAGGAAGAGAUCAUUAAUUCUUGUUGUUCCACUGAAAAUGAGAUUCGAACCCGUGACGUGGGCAAGAUGGGUUGUGGCGUUUUGAGGAUUGCAACUCUGACUGGUUACAGGACUAUAUUUUGUAUGAUGAAAGACAGGAAAGAGAUAUCCGUAAUUGUGGGGAUUUGUAUGAGGUCUCAGAAGGUGAACCCACCUUAUUAUGGAAGCAAGAACGUUCUUGUGCCAUCUAGAACAAUAUAUUAUUUGUCUAGACUGGACAUGCGGUGCAUGUAAUAUUACAAUUUUGAGCUUUUCACGCUGUAAUUUUUUUCAGCAGAAAGAGAAAGAUGUGUAAACCUGCAACUUCAAACUGUGUUUUGUACAAACAUUCUGAUUAUCAAUUAGAACUUACCAGCCUU